UUAUUCAUGCAACACCAAUAAAUUGCAUCAAUGCUGCCUUGGCCAAAGUGAAAACUGUGGACGGGCACAAGAACAGAUUUGUAAUAAUCACAUUCAGUAAGUCUUACAGAUCCAGUUUGGGCAUCAGUCAACUUCUGUGUUUGUGUUUGCGCAAAAUGCAUUGGUGUUCAUCGGAACCUAGGAGUUCAUUGUUCUCGAGCGCGUUCUCUCCUCAUGGACGAGAAGAUCUGGAACCCAGCUCUUGUGAAGCUGAUGAUUAAAAAUGGAAACGAUAAUGCCAAUAAACUUCUUGAACACAAGUUACCUGAAGACGACAAAAUAGCACCAGAGGCGGAUGUUGCUUCGAGACGAGAGUUUAUCUACUCCAAAUACUGGGAAAAGAAGUACGCCAAGUAUCAUGAAGCUUUUGGGGAUCCUGAGGCGCUUGGAAAGGCGUUGCGGGACACGGUGGUCACAGAGGACAUUUUAUCCACCAUGGAACUAAUUUUAAACAAAGUGGAUGUUCGUUACGUUGCUUCCGAUGCUGAGGACGAAAACACGCCGCUCGAGCUGGCAGAGGAAUCUGGACAAACUCUUCAAGCAGAACUGCUCCGACAGAAUGGCGGUGAAGGAAAACCUGAUCAAAAUUUAGGUGAUGACCAAGCAGCGACAGCCAAAACUGAGGCUUCUCAGAGUGCUCCCGUCGAAGUAGUUUAUGAAAAAGAGGGAUUCUUGCAGAAGAAAGAAGGAAGCUGGAGAAAAAGGUGGUUCUUAUUGAAAGACAGACACCUAAAGUAUGCUAGAGGGCCGCAUGACAAGGACGAUCUUGUUACGAUUGACCUUAGAACAGUGACGUCACUGGUGAGAUCUCCUAAGGGAGAGCUGUUGCAACUGGACAUUGUUACUCUCGACAAAACGCAUAGUUUGAAGGCUGAAACUGAAGACGAACUUGAGGGCUGGUUUUCAGCUCUGAGAAGCAAACAGGUUUUUGGUGUUCUGCUUUGUCAGCAAGAGCUUGGUUCUGAUGGAAUUCCUCACCUGGUGGCAAAAUGCUUGCAGUUUGUUGAAACUUAUGGUGGUUUAGAGAUGGAAGGAGUUUAUCGAGUAAAUGGUGGGCAGUUGACAAUGAAGAAACUGAGAACAUCAUUUGAUCAAGACGCAGGUAGCGUGCUGCUAACUUUGGAUGAGUGCGGGGUCCAUGACGUCACUGGAAUACUGAAGCAAUACUUACGACAACUUCCCGACCCAGUCAUCCCUGGUGACAUUUACAAGCGUUUUAUCACAGCAGGCUUGAUUCAAGACCAUAAUACAAGACUACAGACUAUAAAAUCUCUUAUCAACCAGCUUCCUAAAGUGAACCAUGGAACUCUGAAGGCGAUCAUCUGUCAUUUGGCCAAAGUGACCGAGCUGGUUAACGUCAACAAAAUGGGAGUACCCAAUGUUGCCAUGAUCUUCGGUCCUACUUUGAUGUCCAAUGAAAACACUGGGCGAAUGGACGAUACCUCAAUUAAUCAGGAAUUUUCUAUCGUUGGAGACAUGAUCACGUAUUAUAAGUGGCUCUUCGACGUGAGUGAAGAAGAAGUAGAGAAAGCCCAGGUAAUCGUAGAAGCCACUCAGAAGAUACGAGAGUUGAUCGAAUUGAAGGACAAACAAAAUAAUUCCGGAGGAGAAUUCACUUUGGAUAUUUACGUGAAAGAGAAGAAUGACAAUCCACAUUUAAUGAAGGUUUCGUCUGAGAUGACGGCAGGAAGACUGUGUACGGAGGUCGUCUCCCAAAAGGCACUAUCGCGCGAUAUCGAUUGGGUGCUGUUUGAAGUUAUCGAUAAUGGUGCCAUGGAGCGAGCGUUUCAAGUCAGAGAGAAGGUCAUGACCGCGGCAAACUGGGGGAGUGGGAACUACUUGAUUGUCAAAGAGAACUACAUCGCAGAGCAGAUCGCUCCAUAUGUCGGUUCCCUCUCAAUCGAAGGCCCCCUACAAAUCCGGGAUCCUAAAAGGAAUUGGAAACAGAGUCACGUGUGUCUGAAGAAUGGCUACAUGUCAGUCAACAAGGAACGGGGGUCAAUUUUACGAGCCAUCAAGUCGGACAAAUCAGACUCAGAACAGUGGCCAUUGCAUAAACUCACUUUGUAUGUGGGUAUUCCAGCUGAGAAAGCCACAAAAACACUGGACACGAGUUGUGGGUUCACUGUUGUGGUUAAAACAGACCAAGAAGACAUUGUCAGGUAUAUGUGUGCCAAAGACAAAGCUGAUAGGAAUCGUUGGCUGGCUGCAACACUGAACAUGAAGCACCCUGAAGGUAUUUGGUCAGAUCCCACGCAGGACUCAGAGGUUCUGUACUCUUUGGUGGGUCCCAAGGGUUCGCAGGAAGAUGACUUGCCUUUAUUUCUUGGAAGACAGUCAGUACAUCUUGGACGGCCAGGCUCUACCAAGCAUAUUGUGGAAGAGCUCAGGUAUCGGCGAACGUCCUUGAGACGUCCAGCGGAUAAAGGCCCAAAGACAUGAACCAUAGGAUCCAUUAACUUUUUUUGUGUGUGAAGCUUAGAAAAAGAAAUCGCAGAAUCUUUAAGUCAUUAGAAAUUAGAAAUUGUGUUUGAACAUAGGAAAAUAGAGAGCGAAAAAAUGGCCACUAGAUUUAAGCUCGGUUAGUUAACUAUAAUAAUUAAAUGCGACCAGAAUUUGAAAAUAAUUGAAAGUAAAUUUCAAACUAUAUUACAAAUAGGUUCUACUUGUUCUACUUGUUUCUAAAGAAAACUAGGAUGCUUCAGAGAAGAGAGUUUAAUAAACUCGUGAGAGGACAUCCGACUUAAAAUUUAGUACGCGUUGCAUGCCUCGAUUGUUUCGUAGGAAAUUGAGGAACAAGCAAAAUGUUUGUCACGCGCAAGCGUGAAACUCAAGGAGAGCGCGGAAUGGAGCUUUUAUCACGCGCAAUCCAAGCAAACCCAUUUAAACACGAAGGCGCGCUAUGAAAGGAGCCUUAGGUCCCACUGGACCAUUUGUCAAUCAACCGUCGUGUGAUGU